AUGGCCAGGCUUGUGCAGGGAGACGUGGGCAGAAAGGUGGUGAAGCUGGGAAACGUCUGCAUUGGACAGACGGUGAAGAAGAUGGUCACCGUAGCCAACAAGAGUGCAGCCCCUCUCACCUUUAAGCUGAGGGUCACGUCCACCGUGCCAGAGUUGCAGGAAGCUGGGGUUCUGUGCUUGAAGCCCAGCAAGGAUCUAAAGCUGAAGGGCAGAGGAGACACCUGCAAAGUGGAGGUGACCUUCUCCCCGAAGCGCCGCAUGCAGCCGUUCAGCGGGGAAGUGCUGCUGGAGUGCCGCGGGCUGGUGCGCUCCCUCUGUGUGGUGUGGGGCUCCUGCCAGGGCAGCCUCGUGAGCCUGGACCAGGACCAGCUCAGCUUUGGAGCCGUGGUGCAGCAGAGCUCCACGUGCCGGCGCGUCGUCAUGCGGAACGCGGGCGACACGAGAGUCAGGUUUAUGUGGGACGUGGAGAGCUUCAAGCCAGACUUUUCCAUCAGCCCCACAAAGGGUUACAUCAGCCCAGGGAUGGAUGUGCCCUUGGUUGUGACCUUCCGCCCCUCGAAGCUGAGCCAGGCUGUCCAGUACGAGGGGCUGCGGUGCUUCAUCCAGGGCAGUGAGGCGCUGCGGCUUACGCUGGCAGGAUCCUGCGUGGAGGCCCCUGGCCCCAAAGAGACGCUGACUUUCAGCUGCCAUGUGCGUGAGAGGCAGAGCCAGACCAUCCUCCUGUCCAACCCGAGCAGCGAGGCCUGGACCCUGCAGCCCAUCAUUGAGGGGAAAUACUGGAAAGGGCCUGAAUUUAUCCAUCUGGAGGCCAGGCAAAAAGAAAAGGUCUACCAGGUCACCUACAGACCCCUAACCAUGAGCUCUGAGAACAAGAAGCACAGGUACGGCUCCAUCUUCUUCCCCCUGCCGGACGGGACAGGCUUACGCUACCACCUGGAAGGAACUGCUGAAGCCCCCAGGUGUUCAGGGGCCAUUUCCCGGCAGGUUCCAUGCAGGAAGUGCCACACGGAGCUCAUCCCUGUGUCCAACUGGCUGCACAGACCACAGAGGGGUGUUUCCUAUAUGGACGUGCCAAGCUCUGCGAAGAAGGACUACCAGCUCACCUUCCUCUCCUACAAAGAAGGAGUCUUCAGGGCAAAGGUGACCUUCCUCAAUGAGACAACCGGAGAGUACUUGUUCCACAUGGUGACUUUCAAGGCGGUGGCUUCAGGACCCAUGGGCACUGUUCAAAUGAGCACCGCUGUUCGGCAGAGAGUGUCCUCCAGCGUCAAGGUGGACAACCCUCUGCCUGUCCCGGUGACGUUUGACAUCAACUGCAAAGUGCCCGACGUCAGCGUUCCCCAGCACUUUACUGUCCCUGCACAGUCGAAGGCGGAUCUUGUCUUGGAGUAUCAGCCCCUGCAAACGGGUGAGAGCAGCGGGCAGCUGGUGCUCCAGAGCAGCGACUUGGGCUCUCUGUUUUACACGCUGCAGCUGAAAGCCACCUGGAGCAGGCCAGAGAAGCCCGUGUAUUUCCGCACCAGGCUGGGCUCCCGUCAGACCAUCACCACCAAAAUACGGCAUUUUGCCCAGCAGAAGACCGAGUACCUCGUACAGACCGACUGUGCCAACUUCCAGACGGCAAAAAUCCAUCAGAACGUCUUCCGGAAGGCCACGGCGUUCCAAUACGCAGUGAAGCACCCAGGCUUCACCGUCAGGGCCCCCGAGGUGCUGCGCGCCAAGAGCAGCACCACCAUCACCGUCUCCUUCGCGGGCGGCCCGGCUCCUGUCACCAGCAGGCUGGUGGUCUCCUGCCCUGGGGGCUCCUGGAUCUACCACCUCCGGGGCCUGCCCUCCCCCCGCAAGUGA